AUGUUUCAGAAAAAAACAGAACCAAAAUUUGGCUGCUUCGAUAACAAGUUUGCUGAUUUGAUUCGUUCUUCAAGAUGGUGGAAAGCUGCUAAGUGCAAACUCCAUAUCAAGGCUCUGUUGCGUUCUAUCGAAGUACAUAAAAGGCGAAAAGAGUGUAUAAUUAGACAUACACAAUCUGAUAUUGAUGAGCUUCUUCUCAGCAGUCGCUUUCAAGAAACAAUUCAUAAGGUGAAGCAUAUCUUCGAAGACAAGACAAGGUUAGCCGCCUAUGCUCAGGUCGACUACUUCUGCUCAUUCAUCUUGCAGAAUUUUUCUCAGUUAAAACGUCAAAGCGAUGUUCAUCUCUUACCGGAAGAAACUAAAGUAGCAAUGGCCGGACUUAUAUUUGCUGCAUCAAGAAUCGGGGAGCUUAAGGAGCUUCAAUACAUAAGGAGCUUGUUCUUCGAGAGAUUUGGACCAGAGUUUGACAAGGAUUCUGCAUAUUUGCGUCCAGGGAACUUUGUUACUACGGAGAUAAUCCAGAUUUUCUCCACGAUGAUGCCACAAGAUGCGAUUAGUCCAAAGAUUGGAAUGGAAACUUCCCAAAAGUACCAACCAAACAUCACUACUACUGUGGAAUCAAUAACUGAAGAUUCAGAUUCAAGUAAUAAUCUUGGCUUUCGCUAUUCUGAUGCCGUCAAGAUAGAGAUACUCACAACAGGAGUUAGCAGAGCCAACGCGAUGAAGGAGUUUCUGCAUCUAAAUCGUGUAGAGUCCCAAGUGAGAGAUCGAUCAUUGUUCAUGAGAUGA